UACAAUUAGUGGCUGCAGUUUUGUUUCGUAACAUUUUAUAAAGAUGCGUCGUGUGGUGUGUUUAGUUUUAUUUUUUAAUGUUUUACUAUUUGUGAAAUGCGGGUAUCCACCGAUCGGCGACGAAGUAAUGGCUGGCAGCGUGCUGUUACCGGCCACCAGGCGAGGGCGGUACCUCGCUAACAUCGUGAGAAGGCAGGCUGUGGACGGCACAGGAAUCAAGUUUAACAAAGACGCAGAUCGGAUGAACGCCGAAGCCAAGAAGAAGGUGGAUGUUCUAUCAGACGAAUUACUGCCUUAUAUCAUAGCGGAGCAAGAGAGAAGAACAACGUUGUACAAAAGGAUCAUGACUGCUAUCCAAAACGGAGAGAAGGGGGUGACCAUCGCCGAGAUCAGGAAUAAACCGCCUUUAAUUAUCAAGAAGGGUUUAAUGUUCCGAUGUCCGUCCAAUCGGGCUCCGAAAGAGCCGGACGGAUCCGGCGUGAUAAUGUGCGAGGGAGACAUCGAACCCACGCCUGUCAUGUACGACUCCUGCCUCAGUGCAGAGGAUAAGGAACUUUAUGUGGCCGAGAAUAAGUACUUCUUUUGUAACCGUCACAAAGUGGAAGGUCCAGAUCUGCCCCGUAACGGAAGCACAGUGAUCGGAUGCGCCCCGGUGGAAAGAACAUCUCUGAACUACACUACCAGCAAAUGUGCUCUGGAAGAGACUGACGAUGUGGUCGUUCAUUACCGCUACUAUCCAGACAGGACAUAUAAAUAUGUGACGGAACUGGAUCCAGAUCAUGAGGUGUGUGACCACUGGAAUCCUUGUCAGAUCGGGUACAUCUACAGUCUACCAUCACCAGACCAGGCCACAGUGGCCAACGAAUUAUGGCGUAAGUACUCCUCAAAAAUUGUUGCGCCAUUGCCUGGUAAGAACAUCUAG